UUUAAUUAUUAGUUGCCUUGCCUGCAUCUGUAAGCAAAGCAAAGCAAAGCAAAACCCUAGGUGUUCCUUGCGAAGCAGAGACUUGUGUUGUGAGGCAUGGAGGACGAGGAGAGGAUGAGCAUAUACAGAGCCUCGAGAAGCAUAAAGCGCAAAGAGAACUCUCUCUACAACGCACUCCGAUCAAUCUACGAGGACUCCAUCUUCGUGGGAGAGAUCGCGCAGCUAUGGCCGGAGCUCGCAGUCCUCGCAAAUCUCCGGUGCGGACUUUGGUACUCCCCCAAAUUCGACUAUACUUGCUACUUCAAAUCCACCGAUGGCCACAACAACAAUUGGUCCUUCAACAUCUCUCGCCUCAACCUCCAUGUCGCCCUCCUCGCCGGGCAGCGGGGAGGGUGUAUAAUCAUUGAUUCAACUAGGAAAGGGAAGAGAUUUCCAGACAGUAUGUCGAAGACAAUACCAAUAUGGACAUGUGUGUUGAAUCGAUCUAUUUUAAAUGUUCGGAACAAGAUGCGUGGAUCAGGAAUACCAUUGGAGGGAGAAUCAAACACUUCUGAUCAGCAUACUGAAGAUACCGGAAAAGUCUUUCCUGACUGGGACUGUUCCCUGCAUCUACCCCUCUGGGUUUCCGGAACAGAGAGAGCUUCUAUUGAGGAUCGCUUGGAAGGUUGGACCGAGCAAUUGGAAACCAGUGGAGCUGAUAUUGCCUCUCUGGCAUCAUCCUUGAAAAAGCCGCUACGUCCCCUAUGGAUUUCACAAAAAACUGUCAUCUGGUUAAAUGAAGUGCCUGAAUAUAAUUCUUGGGAUUUCACUCCUAUCAUACUUGUUUCAGCAUCUUCCUCAAGCGGCAAUUUCCAGCACAGGAGUACUUCAGAGUUUAGCUGGAAUUAUAUAUCUGGAGCUGGGGAUGAUGAAGAGAGUUGGGCUAGGGGUUUGUCGCCAAACCUUUUCUGGAAUCAUGCAUAUGAUCUUAUUAACUUGGGGCCUGAUUUGUGUAACCAGAAGGUGGCCGAUAUUGUUGAAAAGGACAGAGUAUACCGUGCACAAAGGGGGCAGAAUGCUCCUCAGUUAUCUGUCAAGGUGUUGAAGUUGUCAGGGAGCAACGGUCAUUUUUCUGUUGAUGAACCAAAAAUGGACUUCGAGAUUCCAGACAUUGAAAACAAUGCUAAGUCUUUCAGUGAUGAUUGCACAAUAUUUUGGCUGGGUUCAACUAAUCUUGCAGUGGGUGCAACUCGAUUUGCUGCUGAUGUAUCUGAUGUUGAUUGCAUAUUGAACUGUGAUAGUGAGUCAGUCUCCAUCGGUGCUAACAAUCCUGAAGCAUAUUUACACCUACCAAUUGUGAACUCAAAAUUGGACAGGUUUUCUUUGUUAAGAAAUCUCCCUUCUGUGCUGAAUUUUGCAAAGAUAAACCUAAGAAGAGGGAAGAAACUUCUAGUUUGCUGCAAUAAUGGGGAAGAUAUUAGUAUAUGUGCUUCUUUGGCAAUCUUGACAUCAUUAUUCACUGAUGAAGGAUUGUUUGAUGAUGGGGAAUCUUUCGGUCAGACAUGCAUUACUAAGUUGGAGAUGCGAAGACGACUGGUGUUCAUCUGUAAAUUUGCAAUAAAUGCUCGACCGUCUAGAGGAAAUCUGAGACAAGUCUUCAAUUUCAUCAGCCAUGGGAGUGUUAAUUCUGUCAUGGCUAGUGAAUAUAGAUGAUAUGCUAUCUACUUUCGUAUGUUGUAUUGUAGCAGAACCAAUAAACAAAGGUUGUUGCCCCACGAAAACCAUGGAAGACUGCUGUAGUAAAGUAGGCGUUUAUUAUGCAUCUGCAGUUCUGCGAAGCUGCUAAAAUUUUGAGAAGAAAUGAUGCGAAGAUACUCACUCUUGGCCUAUGUUUAAGGGCCGAUUUUGUGUAUUUUUUGGGGGUUUUAAUUUAUGGAAUUUUUUUUUUUUU